AUGGCAGGCCGAAAACGCCGAAGAGCCUCAUCCCCCGAUCCCGACCCUCUGAUGUCACGCCAGUGGCAGAGGAAAUGGGCUGGAAACCGAAGCAGCUCUGAGCUCUACGAUUCGCCGACGCCGGAACGCAGAGAGGCGUGGUACGAGCGGGCCAAGGAGCACAAGGCCAGGCUAUGUGAACUGGUCACUGACCGUAAGUUCAAAGCGGAGCCCGAAUUCAUCGAGGGCAUAAUAUGGAUUGCGAACCUGUUGCGUCCGCAGGCAGACGUUCCAUACGGCGGAGAGCGCUUCUCAUGGGCAGCUGGGGGUUGCCUACACUACAUGCGCCAGCUCCUCUACCACUUCCAUCUCUGGAUCAACAUCAACCUCUGUAUAACGGUCUCCUACCUCUUCUGCCUUCAAAACAGCCUCUUUCACCUCGAGAUCAACCUCGACUUCUUCAAGACGCUCCUCCGGCACUACACCAACAUCCCUCCCUGCCUCUUCCUCAAAAUGUCAUACCCAACCCACAGCAUUUCACAUGGUGCUACCGAAAGCUCGGAACCGGGGACAAGCGGGGGCGAGAUGGCUUUUCCAUUGUCUGCGGAAUAUGCAUCUUCAUGUCCCUCCCCCUCUCCCCCAAUGCCGUUGCGCAACUCGCCUGCAUUCAUCACGACGAAUGCUUGCACUCCAUCAAGCUCGACUAUAUACCGUGUGCUCGAGACGCUGAAGUAUGUGCUCAGCAUCCAGACAACAGUGGGGAGGCAGAGGACAGAUGCAAGAUCGCUGUAUUUGUGGAAUGUGGUCGCACCCUUUGUGCGGGUUGCGUCGAGUUCCGAGGAUUUGGAGGGAGGAUUGGGAAUGAGUGCCCAAAAUGUGCCGACGAUAUGGAUAUUAGGAUGGGACUGUAGGAUCAGCGCUCGUAAUAAGUCUUCAGGCCUCAGACUCUGCGCAUGUUUGAAUAAUAUGUUACAAUCUGUAGGCCCUGCUUCUUCGCAGGUCGAUGUGGGUCGUUGCUCCGAUCUGGAACGGUUGCGUCGCGGAUAUCUGAGCUUGCGACGAACCUACACCUAA